AUGGCCACUGCCACUGCGCCAGAAGCGGCAGGCACGCAGAAAGCAGACAUCUUCGGCGACGCGGUGGAACUACCAGUGAUUAGCAGGCCCAAACCAAAGUUCGAGUUGAUGCUGACGGACUCCUCGGACUCUGAUGAAGAUUUACCCCUGGCACAGCGGAAGCUCAGCCUUGCAGCUGCCAGACCUCAGCCAGCUGCCAGACCCGCCUCCCAGGCCUCCAGGCCGCCCUCCCAGUCCAGCCAGCGAACAGACACCAAACGCAAGAGCACCGGCACCGGCGGCUCCAUCAAGAAGAAGGCACGCGAGAGCGAUGCCAGCACUCGGCCUCGGAGGUCUGAACAGGCGGCCCCGGAUGCAGCCGAGAUCCGGUGGACCACGCUCGAGCACAGUGGGGUCCUCUUCCCCCCUGAGUAUCAGCCCCAUGGUGUCAAGAUGCUGUAUGACGGCGUCCCCGUGGACCUCACGCCGGAGCAGGAGGAGGUGGCCACCUUUUACGCCGUCAUGCUGGAGACGGACUACAUGACCAAGGAGACGUUCAAGAAAAACUUCUGGGAGGGAUUCAGUGAGGUCUUGGGGCCCAAGCAUGCCAUCCAGUGCCUGAGGAAGUGCGACUUCACCCCCAUCUACGAGUGGCACAUGGCGGAGCGCGAGCGGAAACGCGCCCUCACGAAGGAGGAGAAGCUGAGGCUGAAGGAGGAGCGCGAGGCCGCUGAGGCCGACUACAAGUUUGCGCGCGUGGACGGGAAGCAGGAGCAGGUGGGCAACUUCCGCGUGGAGCCGCCGGGCCUGUUCCGCGGGCGCGGGGAGCACCCCAAGAUGGGCAAGAUCAAGAAGCGCAUCUACCCCCGCGACAUCACCAUCAACAUCGGCAAGGGCUGCCCGCUGCCCAAGCACCCCUUCCCGGGGCAGACCUGGAGGGAGGUCCGGCACGACCAGACGGUGACGUGGCUGGCGUACUGGAGGGACCCGGUGAACACCAAGGAGUACAAGUAUGUCUUCCUGGCCGCCACCAGCACGUGGAAGUCGGAGAGCGACCUGCUCAAGUAUGAAAAGGCGCGCAAGCUCAAGGACAGCAUCGCCGACAUCCGGGCCGAGUACACCCGCAACUGGGAUGCCAGGGACCGGCGCGAGCGGCAGAUGGCCACCGCCCUCUACUUCAUCGACAAGCUGGCGCUCCGUGCUGGGCACGAAAAGGACGAGGAUGAGGCCGACACGGUGGGCUGCUGCACCCUCAAGGUGGAGAAUGUGGAGUGCCUCCCACCCAACCACAUCAAGUUUGACUUCCUGGGCAAGGACUCCAUCCGGUACGAGAACACGGUGGACGUAGACCCCAAGGUCUUCCAGAACCUGCAGUUGUUUAGCCGCGAGGACGCCAACGGGAAAGCCAAGCAGCCGGGAGACCAGCUGUUUGAGUGUUUCGAUGCGCAAGACCUGAAUGUGAGGCUGAAGGAGCUGAUGGACGGCCUGUCGGUGAAGGUCUUCCGUACCUACAAUGCCUCCAUCGUGCUGGACCGGCUGCUGACCGGGGAGGUGGACUCGGAGAGCGUGGAGGCCAAGAAGGCGGCUUACGACACGGCCAACAAGGAGGUGGCGGUGCUGUGCAACCACCAGCGCGCGGUUCCCAAAGGGCAUGUAGGCCAGAUGGAGAAGCUGACCGCCAAGAUGGAGGCGCUUCAUGCUGAGCUGGCGGAGCUGCAAGCCGACCUGAAGCUCGCCCUGAAGGGCCUGCCUGGCAAGGACGGGAGGAAGCUGAAUGCAGAGUCGCUGGAGAACAGGGCAUCGAAGAAGCAGCAGCAGAUUGAGAAGGCAGAGAUCAACUUCAAGGUGAAGGAGGACCUGAAGACUGUCGCACUGGGGACGUCCAAGAUCAACUACCUGGACCCUCGGAUCACUGUCGCAUGGUGCAAGAGGAAUGAGGUUCCCCUGGAGCGCAUCUUCAAUCGGUCCCUGUACCAGAAGUUUGCUUGGGCAAUGGAGGUGGAACCCGAGUAUGCUUUCUGA